CUCCUCCCUGCCCUUGCUCGCCUGCAAAUCCUGACCCCGUCCCCACUGCGGAGAAAUCUCCUAAGAGCCCGCUGCCUGCAUCGCCUCUGCACCCAAGAGGCGUGGAGCCGAGGACUCCGGCGCCGAGCGCGCUGCGGCCCCGCUCCCCGCGCACAGCCGAGAGGGAGGGGCCGGAGGGGCCGGGCAGCGCCAGACGCGGAGCGCGGGGCUCGCAGCGGCUCAGUCUCCUCCAGAGCCCAGCCCAGGCUGGCGAGAGCCGCGGCCAGCGCGAGCCGGAGCCCCGGGCCUCGGAGCGGGGAGGCUGAGGGCCAGGGAGAGCGGCGGGCUCGGGUCCCCGCCCUGUGCGCGUCCUCCUAGCGGAUCCCGGCAUAAAUGAUAAAACUUUUCCGUGAAGCAUAAGAAUUCCUGAUUGAGGGAGUGACGCACAAGCACCACUAACUGUCAAGUAAGGAAAAGUAUGAGAGGACCAUCUGACCAAAUCUGAAGACUGAAAACCACCACCUCCACCAGAAGACCCAAGAUGGAUCUCCACCAAAGCACCCCCAUCGCGUUCCUUGAGAAGUGGUGUUCGGAUGACUCACCCUCUGGCUGCAGGAGACGUUAUAAUGUCAGGAAAAAACUGAAGUUGAUUCGAAUCUUAGGCCUUUUCCUGGGCCUGGUAGCCAUUAGCACUGUCCCAUUUUCAAUCAGUGCCUUUUCUGAGACAGACACACAGAGCACAGGAGAAGCCAAUGUUGUAAGUGGCCCUAGGGUAGCACAUGGUUACCAUCAAAGAACUCUCUUAGAUUUAAAUGACAAGAUUCGGGAUUACACUCCACAGCCAACUCUUUCUGAGGAAGGCAAAUCCGAGAAUAGUACAGAUCAUCCCCAAGGAGACUACCCGAGAGACAUCUUCUCCCUUGAGGACCGAAGGAAAGGCGCCAUCAUUCUCCAUGUCUUGGGAAUGAUUUACAUGUUCAUAGCCUUAGCCAUUGUCUGCGAUGAGUUCUUUGUUCCUUCUUUGACUGUCAUCACGGAAAAACUGGGCAUCUCUGAUGAUGUGGCUGGAGCCACCUUUAUGGCUGCAGGGGGGUCGGCCCCGGAACUGUUCACUUCUCUCAUAGGGGUGUUUAUCGCACACAGCAACGUUGGCAUAGGCACAAUCGUAGGUUCAGCAGUGUUCAAUAUCCUCUUUGUUAUUGGCAUGUGUGCUCUCUUUUCUAGAGAAAUCUUGAACCUGACAUGGUGGCCACUCUUUCGGGAUGUGUCCUUCUACAUCGUUGACUUGAUCAUGCUGAUUAUAUUCUUCCUGGAUAACGUUAUCAAGUGGUGGGAAAGUUUGCUUCUCCUAACUGCUUAUGUUGGCUAUGUGAUUUUCAUGAAAUUCAACGUCCAAGUAGAACGAUGGGUGAAGCAAAUGAUAAAUCGCAAUAAAGUCGUCAAGGUGACUACACCAGAGGCCCAAGCAAAGUCAUCUACAACCCGGGAUAAAGAUGAACCAGCUCUACCGACGAAGCCACGUCUCCAGAGAGGUGGAAGCUCUGCCUCCCUCCACAACAGCCUCAUGAGGAAUAGCAUCUUUCAGCUCAUGAUACACACCCUUGACCCACUUGCCGAAGAACUUGGAUCAUAUGGAAAACUAAAAUAUUAUGACACAAUGACUGAAGAAGGGAGGUUCAGAGAAAAGGCUUCCAUUCUUCACAAGAUCGCCAAGAAGAAAUGCCAAGUGGAUGAGAACGAGAGGCAGAAUGGGGCUGCCAAUCACGUGGAAAAAAUAGAACUCCCAAACAGCACCAGCACAGAAGUGGAAAUGACACCAACCAGUGACAUUUCAGAACCUGUACAAAAUGGAAAUCUCUCUCACAGCAUUGAAGCCACAGAAGCCCAGACCACAGAGACGGCGGCUGAGGAGGAGGAGGACCAGCCUCUCAGCCUGGCCUGGCCUUCCAAUGCCCGCAAGCAGGUCACAUUCCUCAUCGUGCUCCCCAUAGUGUUUCCUCUCUGGAUCACCUUGCCUGACGUUCGCAAAGCUUCAUCAAGGAAGUUCUUUCCAAUCACUUUCUUUGGCUCCAUCACCUGGAUUGCAGUCUUUUCUUACUUGAUGGUCUGGUGGGCACACCAGGUUGGUGAGACAAUCGGCAUUAGUGAAGAGAUUAUGGGUUUGACCAUCUUGGCUGCUGGGACCUCCAUCCCUGAUCUUAUAACCAGUGUCAUUGUGGCCCGGAAGGGGCUAGGGGACAUGGCCGUGUCCAGUUCUGUUGGAAGCAACAUUUUUGACAUCACUGUAGGGCUCCCACUGCCCUGGCUCCUGUACACCAUCAUUCACAGAUUUCAGCCAGUAGCUGUCAGCAGCAACGGCCUCUUCUGCGCCAUCGUCCUCCUCUUCAUCAUGCUUCUCUUCGUCAUCCUUUCCAUUGCCCUCUGCAAAUGGAGGAUGAACAAAGUGCUGGGCUUCAUCAUGUUUGGCCUCUACUUUGUGUUCCUUGUGGUCAGCGUCCUCCUUGAAGACAGAAUUCUUAUGUGUCCUGUCUCCAUCUAGCAGGAAAAGCCAUACCUACAACCAAAAGCAUGGACAGUCCCUCCCCACUUGGGGCUCUAGGCUGUUUGAGCUCUUUAGAGGAGGCAGUUGGCACACACCUGGAUGUCAAGUACCCCUCCUUGGAAGAUUUGAGGAGGGAAGGAUCUGCACCGGACCCAUUUACGUCACAGGCUGCUUCCACCCUGGCCUACUGAUACAUCUAAAGGAAAAAGACAACUGUCAAUUUGGGGCUACUCUCCAUUCACCACUGACAGGUACUCCUCGCUGGUCGGAGGUACAUUCAUUCUAAUGAUGCAACAAGGACAGAGGCUAUUUAUAUAAAUAUAUACAUAUAAAAUAUACAUAUUAUAAAUAUACACACAUGACACACAAAUCUUGCCUGUUACUGUACUAUACCUCUCCUGUCAUAUCUAUAGAUUAAUACAUACCUGUAUACAGGAAAGAAAAAUUUUAUAUAUAUAUAAAUCAUCUAUAUAUAUAUAUAAAUAUAAGUACAAAUGCAUCUUUUCAGGGAUAGCUCUAGUAUAUUCAUAGAAUCUAUUUGAAGAGGGGCAUCACCUUCAGUCUGGGCUUUACUUCUUAAGUACAAGAGGUGAACUAAUGGCAUCAAGAGACAGAAGUAGCAUUGCUAUGGCCUUCAACCUACCUUGGACUUACUGGGAUCCUGACUAAUAAAAUGUACAAUUGGGGAAAUUGUUUGCAGGGAAGAGAGUUUGAUGGAAAGCAUCCAUAGAGGCCCUGAAUUGAGCCCUGCAAAACAUUCCAACACAGAGAAGACUAUCUUCCCACCCCUACUGGGUAUACUAACUGAAACCCACAGGGUUACGUGGGACAGACAGAGAUAAAAGCCAACUAGGCAGGUAUUGGCUUAGGGGUAGGGGAGUGGGGAGGUGACAAGAGUUGGGUUUUGUUUUGUUUUUUCUUAUAUUGCCCCAGCAUGCAAGUAGAAAACAUGACUGAAAUCAAAUUAGUGCUUUUCUAGAACAGCAAGCCUAUAUAAACUGAACUGUAUUGUUCCAAUGCAUGUCCCAUCACCAUCAAAGAAGGAGAGCAAGUUUUGCUGUGAUUGUCAUUUUGACAUAUUUUGAUGCUAAGGGCUCACCUACAGAUGUCUGCCAAGAGAGCCUAGAUGUGUGAUUUAAAAAAAUCAUCUGGCAGAGGUGCUCAGUGGGACUUGCCACCUAAUAAGAAUGUAAGGGCAUAGUUUUUUAAAGCAUUUUCUAAUGUGAUCAUAAAGGGCUUUAAUGUUUGAAGAAAUUAUUAUUCCCAAUAGAACUAAAUUAACUCUGAUCAAUUCUGCUUGGGUUGGGCCAACUUAGAGAUCUUUGAAAAGGCAUCUGCAUUCUCAGUGCACCCCCAGGAAGGUUUCCAAGACCCAUAUCCACUUGUACCGGGACCAGGAUUUGAUUAUGGCCCAUGCAACAUCCACGUCUCUCCUCUCUUCAGAAUUGUAUCUGGAAUCCUUUCUAGUUUUUAAGAGUAUACUAAAAACUAUACUUACAGUAUGUUUAUAUCAGCUUCAAGACAGUCAUUCAAAUAUUUUGGUUUCCUGAGUUUACUCAAUAUUACAUAGGAUAUUUUCAUUUCUUUCAUUCAAUGCCCCCAAGUUCUGUUUGACAUCUUUUAUGAUUUCUCAGGUCUAUGUCAGCAGAAAAUAAAACCAGCAAGGGGGACAAAACCAGGCAGAAUAAUUUGAUUUUAAAAAGUAGAGAACUUUUCAUUUCCCCAAGUCAUGCUUUCCUUAAAAUCAGUUGAAAAAGUGAAUAAAGCACACCCCAUUAUUCUGAACCCAUCCUAUGUCAAAGUUGGCACUAUGUACAAAUACAUGCAAGCAUAUGUGGGGAACUUCUCCAUAUGUGUUCUGGUCUCCAGUAUAUCCCAUCACUGGUGCUUCUAUGAUUUUGUUGUGAGCACAUACCUCUUGACAUAGGGAACCAGUGGGCAGAACUCACAUCUGAAUAAAAAGGAAAGGUGAUCCAACAGCCUCAAGUCAGUUCAGUAUUUCCUCCACAAAACCUGAGCUCACUCCACAGAGCGUGGUGACAAUAGGCAGUUAUCCAUCAUUGCUCUUCACUCACAAGCAAAAAGCACGUUCAAGUGGAGGUCUGGGAAAACAAGAAAUCAAGAUGGUUGCCACCCGGGAGGCUACCUUUCAAGUCUCUCCAACUUCACAAAGUUAAACUUUCAGAUGUGUGAAAGAAACUAGCAUCUCACUCAUCAAGCAUGACCUUGUAUUCAGGCAAGAAUGUGUGCUGGUUCCUUUUAGUGAAAGGGAAUGAGGAAAUUACUUUCAGCUUAAAAACUCUGGUUGUUUUUCCUGUGUGUUACUUGAAGGGCAAGAAAGUUGGUUAUUACUUGAAUUCUGUAUUAAUGACAAGUUUGUUGUUUGAAAGAAGGUUUAAAUAGGUGACCUAGACUCAAAACUGCAGGUAGAUUGUGUAAAAUCAAGAAGUUUGAGGGAGGUCUGGUGCUGCCCUGUUCUUACUCCAACAUUUCCCAAUCCUCUCCCUGACUCCUGACUCCUUUCCAUGCAUUCUCUGCUCACAGUGGAGACUGAUCCAAGCAAUCAGGGAGCACUUUACUUGCCUAGGAACCAGGAGUUACACUAUAUAGAGAGUGAUGUGGUCUUUAGUGCAGAGUUGCUUUUGAGAAAACAGCUUUUCCCAGCACAGUUCCCACCUCAAUGACGUGCACUGAGCAUGGCCUAAUACAGCAAUGUUCACUCACUGAAUGGCAUACAAGCACUUCCCACUGCUUGCUCUUGCUUUCCCUUCAGUUAUACAUCUGUAUGUGGUUAUGUGUUGGGUGAGAGUGAAAUCAGAUAGAAGCAUGCAGAAUGCAACAGUGAAUCAGUAAAAGCAUUCAGUUCAUUCACAUAAUUAUAAGAAAACUUUCCACAUCAUGAAUUCCAGGAUAUGUCAUCUCUAACCCCUUUCCUGCAUGUCUGUAUAUACAUAUAUAAAUAAAUAAAUAUCUAAUAUAUAUCUUUAUAUCAGAUCUAUAUGUGUACAUAUAAUAGCACUUACAUCAUCACCCUCUGACCUAGUCACAUUCAGGAUUCAAAAGCAGUGAGCAUCAAAUUUGCCAAAGUCAAGGAAACGAAAGUCACAAACCAACCAGAGGGAACAUUUCUUCCUGAUCUCAUGAGGUUGUUUUGUUCUGUGUACACUUAUAUGCAAACACACACAUAUGCACCCAUAUUUUUCCUACCCCAAAAAUGUUGAUUUACAGCCUUAAGGAAAUGGUCAGCCAUAUCCCUAAUGCCCAUGUACAGGCAAUGAAUGAACAGCAAAAAGGAAAGGGAAGACUGAAGAUAAAUUUCUUUACUUCCCUGGAGCAAGGUAUAAAGUAUUAUCAAAAAUUCAAGUCAACAAUUUACCUCCCAAUCUAAAAUAAAUGAGUUGCUCUGAAGUGAUUGCUUUUACUUCUAGCAAACCAAGCAAGCCUUGAUUGCUGUCACCUCCUCUGUAGUCCAAGGCAGCCCCAGGACAGGAGAGCAACUUGGGUCAAAUGGAGAAUUCCCAAAUGUUUUUACUUUGACAUUUCAUCGGAGAACACCCACACCAUGUCCAGCUGCUCUCUGAACCUGACCAGUUCCUAAUGAACUGAAGCUAGAGGUUAGGUGGUAUUUAAGCAUCUGCCAGGAUUCAAACUGAGUCAGGCAGUGAUGGAUCAGAAAAUCAGAAAACAUGCAGGGAGUAAGGGGUAGGGCUGUUUAUCAACUUGGCAGAUGCAACACAAUACCCGAUAGGCUUGUCCGGAGAUUAUAAAAAGAGACAGGGACUGUUUCACAUUUAGAGAAAAUGCUUUGUAAGACUUCUAGCAGGUGUCACCUGACAGGAACCAUUAUAAUUUAUUUUAUAGGGAAGACACAAAUCAGGUGGUUUGGAGCCCUUUCAGCAAAACACAGCUGCCUCACUGAUUAAACAUUUGAUAACGUUAAUGCACAUCCAUUCCUGGGCAGGGAGAGAGUUGGCAAACCCUGCACUAUUGCUCACAGCCUUUAAAUACCUCUAACAGUGAGAUAGGAGAUGAGCUAUAAAAGGAAGCCCCCAACUCCCAGACCACCUUAACAGAAAGUCAACCAAGGAAAUGACAACUGGUAGAGCUGCUGGACAGAUAAGGAGUUGAGGAGGAUGGGACUUGUAUUAAAUGUUAUGCUGAAAUUGUUGGAGUUUCUGACAUGGAUCUGAGGGCCUUUCUAAAUAUAAGCAUUUCAGAAAAGUGCAGUGUGCUUCUUCCCCACAUCGGAAUAUCUACACACACACACACACACACACACACAAUACUGUGGAUGCUAUGCUUCCUUGCACCUGGACAGAUUAUUACUCUAUAAGUAAGUAGCCAUAUUAUAGGUGGCAAGUCUGUUCCAGAAAAAGUAACGGGAAGCCCUUCUCAGGAUGAUUUCUGAGAAAUCAACUGUCCCCUGAAAGGCACUCAAUAGAUAUUCAUGCCUGCUAAGCAGCUCUUAUAUAACCACCUGGCUUAAUAUAUUUAUAAACCACAUCCACAGCUCCUAAAUCUCCCCACAACAAUACUGUCAAUUAGUAGAUAUGGCCUUAUCAUUAAGAGAGAGUUAGUGGGGGAAAAAACAGAAGAAUAAAGAAAAAGAAGCAAGGAGAAAUUCAUUUACUUUUAUUAAAAUUCCCAACAAAGCAAGUAUCCCAUUGAAACAUAUUCCUGUGCUGUUAAAGGUUAUUAAAAAUAUCAAGCAUUUUUAAAGCAAUUACAAGAGCCCACAUAGAACAAUAAAAGGAGAAUCCUUUCUUCAGAAGGCCUUGGGAAACAAGGUAACAGUAUCCAUCCUCCACUAUCUAAGUUUAGCUCCUUGCCUCUGUAUCUUUAGGUUUCUUUUUAAUCUAGCGGCUUCAUUAUCCUUGAAAUCUACAGCAAACAAGAAAAGUAAUAAAGGAGAUACAGCCAGUUCAACUCCAUUACUUAUUAUUACACAAUCACAAUAUUUCUUUCUCUUCACUAAGAGUUUUGGAACUGCACAGGCCAUAGGAGGCCAUUUCCAGAGGACGUGGACCUCUCCAGAAAUCACAGAUGCAUGCAUAUUAGCUAUACAUAGAAGUAACACGUUUUCCAUCCAGAGCCCCCAAACAACAUGUACACUGUCAUUUCACAUGCCUCCCCGUGUAUGGAAUCUAUCUUGCUCAGAACUACCCGACCUCCACUGAGGUCUCUAGUCUAGCUGGUGCAGUUUUCUUAAGAAAGAGCAGAAGAGACACACACAAAACACAAAUGAAUUCACAAGAUAACUAGUUUUUGAGAGAGAAAAACUAUCCUGCUUUUAUGGCAGGAUGGGCAACCAAGUUUAAAUCAGCUUACAGAUAGUGAAGGACUUUCUGCUAUACCUUAUUAACUGGACAAAGCAUUUUACUAGAUGAUUGAUGGACAAACUGAAGAAUCUUAAAGAAUUUUUUUUAAAUGGAUAAAUACCUAAGUAUGAAAGAGUACCACAAGUCUGCAUGGCUCCACCAAACACUGAAUUCCACUGAGAGAGUUUGUUCAGCCUGUCACCCUGAUCCAAAUAACAUUCCUCUUAUUGGAAAGGGAUCUCAGCAGAAAUGUUGAUGGUGGGACUCCUUUAGUGUUUAAUGAGCAGCCAUCACAAAAGCCUCCCAGCAGGUUAACCCAAGCCCCUGUACUGAAUGGCAAUGUAUUUAUUUUUCUUUUUGGCAGAAAACAACUGCACAUAUGCCUUCUUCACUCUUUACCCAUGACAUAGUUGGAGGGUUACCAUGUAACCCUUUACCUAUUUUAAUCAAAAGUAUCUUUAGAUUUUGACUUCAGUCUUUUUUAAUCCUCUUAAUUUUUACAGUUCUUCUUUACUAUGCUUUCUACUGUUCUUAAAUUAUGGAACCUUAUGACCAAUCAUGACACAAGUAUAACAUCUGUGCAGUGCUGAAUUACAAUCCCAAAACUAAUGCUUCCUUCCUAUUUUAUAAACCCCUCUGUUACCAUUACCUUAUAAAAUGUCACACAGUUUAUUGCUAAUUCAUUUACUUUGUGUCCUCUGUGUCCCCUGUUUCUUUCCUCCAAGUCCUCUGGGUGAAGCCAGUGCAUUUCUCAGCUGGCCCCAAUGCAUUUGCAGAAGAGUUGUCUGCCUACUAUGGGCCACCCUCCACUUGGCCUUAUUGAGUCUCAAUCUGUUUACUUCUAAUCCGCUUCCAGUUUUCAAGUCCAGAUUGGACUCAAUGCUUACUCUCCUGCAUAGUUCCCACCACCAACCUUCCCUGUUUACUUGUACUUGCCAAGUUUUAACAAGCAUUUUCUCCAACUCCUCAUUAGUGUGCAUAUUCAAAAAUGUUGGGCCCCUGACCCCAACAACUUGUGUUUGUGAACUAACUAUUUCUUAGAGGGAAUCCCUUCUAACUGCUACUGAAAUGUGCAUAAAAUUCACAACCACAAGGAAGUAGAAUAGCAUAUAUACCUGAAGAGCAUCUGUAGGCCUUGAAUUAGCCAAUAGGCACUGAUCCUCCAAUGAAAGUCUGAUCAGUGAGCAUAGCAUUAUCAUAAAGUCAAUGCACAAACCCUAUUUUCAAGGCCUUUAUCCUAUAUUCACAGAUAACUCAGAAAGGAGAAGAUGCCACUUUAAGUAGUCCCAAAACUCUGGGACUGUGCUUAUCUGUAUGAAUUUACCAAGAGGAAUUAAUAUUUUCCUUUUACAUAAAGUGAAAUGGGUGGACCUUCUUAUCUUCAAGUAUUGCAGUGUUCCCCUCUUUGUGUGAUAGGCUGCAUAGGAAUUGUAAUAUUGCUGAUCAAGGUCCUGGCCUAAGAAAAUGUUUUGCCAACAAGAUAAGAAUAUGUUCCUGCAUUCUAACACAUUUGGUUGCCUAUUUCUUCACAAUGGAUCCGUAAGUAACUAAGGCCUUGAGGACUAAUGGUUCUCUAAAACACUCAGCUAACCAAAAUCAUUUCUCCAAAAACAAAUGAAAAGUGAAAGAAGUCUGAGUCCCUAAAUAAAAUCAUUUUAAGGAAAAAAUUACAUGUAUGAAUUAAGGGUAGAUAGCUUCUUGCCAUUUAAUUAAAUGAAUCUCCAAUUCUUCUCAUCAGAAUACAACUGAAGGAUAAAGGAUGCCUUUUGGGUUUUUUAAUUUUUUAAUAUUGCACUUUAUAGUACUUCAUAAGACAACUGUCUUAAUUAAAGCCAUAAAAUACCAAUAAUACAUAUAUUCAGGGCUUCUGAAUAUAGUCAGUCAGUAAGCAGUCCAUGAGUCAUUCCUGUUUUGUAUUGUUUGUUGUAAACUGGAGUUUAUCUGUUCUAUUUUUUAUUACCUACAAUUAUUGUUCUAGACAAUCCUAAUCUACUUAUGAAUUUUAGAUGUAUACUUUAAUAAAAUUUUGAAAAGCAAAGACAUUAUUCAUUUAACAAAAACAUUCAUUUUCAAAAUUGCUUAUUACACAGUUCUUAUACAUCACAAGUUCUAAUACUACAUUGAAAAUAUUUCCUUUUUAUAGUUGCAAAUUAACUGUUUUUCAGGAAUACAUUUGUUAUAUAGAGCAAAGUUCACCCACAUGAAGAGUGAAAUUGUUAAUUAGCAAACGUACACCUGGGAAAUUGAGAAUGUGUUUGAGUUUUAUAUAAAUAUAGGUGAGUCUAAGAAGUUCCCUUAUAAAAAUGGCAAAUUGAAGUAAACAACUUAUCAGUAAUUUCUUAUGCCUAAAUUAUUUACCCUCCUUGGGAAGAUAAAACAAAUUUCAUAGUGCAUUGGUGAUUUUCCCCCUUUCUGCUAAAAUGCACAAUUUCUGACCCCAUAUGGUAGACUGUUUGCACAUAGUGCACACACAGAUGUCCCUAUAACUAAAAACUUCACUACAACUUCGUAUGUAAUUUGACUAGAAGCUAAAAAAAAUGAAUAAAAGGUACUUACUUAAUAGAAAUGUCUACCAUAACUGGGACCUAAAUUAUCAAAGUAAAUUUAUAUAUUAAAAUGGACAAUCCCAUCAAUUUUUUGCUUAAAUAGCCCCAGAGAAGGGCCGGAGACUCUCCAUUCAGCAGAGGAGCCUCUGUUAGUGUACUGCCCUGUUUAACCUUACUCAUCAAGUCCACAUACAUACUUUACAUCUAAUCUUGAUGUUUCUUCUUCUUGGAUUUUGGGGCAGAGCCAAAUCUAAAUUUUGGGGAGUAGGACUCCAGAAGAAACAACUUCCAUCUUCAACCAAUCUGCAGACUCAAAGAACUCUCAGAAAUCAGAGUAAAAAAAAACUACUUUCCUAAUUUAAAGAAGUUGCAAAAUGUAGCACCAAUCUCAAGUAUCCCUUUUAACUCAUCUAUUGAUCAAUUGCUAGCACUAUAGAAAAGACAAAUUAUACUUUGGUACUUUGCAUAUUUUUAAAACAGAGGAACUGUUGUCAACAUUGACUCCAACAUAGACAUUAACCCUAAAACAUGAAAACUAUUUUUUGUCUGGGUUAUGUUAAAAUAUCAGGAUGCCAUUUUUGUAAUGGAUCUUUCUGGGGAUAGACAUGAUCUCAUGCUUCCUUGUUAGCCUCCAUUUUAAAGAAACAUUUUAAUUCCAGUCUUUAUCUCUCCAUGAAUCCAGUGGAUGAACUUCCAAAUUAUUUCUGUCAUUUUGUUGUGUCAUGUUGAUUAUGAGUAAUUUUCACUGGAUGAUGAGAUCUUUGAGUGUGGCGAUACUCUGUCAGUUUAUUCUCUGUGAAUAUGUCUGUACAUAAACUGAAAGCUAUAUUUAUUUGUACAUAGGUUAUUUGGGGUAAUGUAUUUAUGUCACAUGAACUUUACUCUGAUAAAGGGUGUUUCUUCAUGUUCCAUUGUUCACUCUUUUGUGCUUAUACUACUGAUAAUCAACUCAUAGAAUAUCACAUUAUGUAACCAAGUCUUCUUGGUAUGAAAAAAUAAUAGUAAUAAAAUUAUUGACUCAA